AUGACUACCAACCAAUACAAACAAUACAAGCCAUAUAUUGCCACCGCUCGAGCCGCCAUCGCACAAUGCCCUUUCGGCUACUCAUAUCUUCGCAUCAAGAUCAAGGCAGCUCCCACAGGACCAGAGACCGAGGUCUGUGCGGAUUCCGGGUGUGGCAACCCCCUGAUUGACAGAAAGCUUCUCAAGAGCUUCGAGCACACCAUUGAGAAGAAGCCUUCAACGCCAAUUGCAGGCAUCAGCGGCAGUAUCCGCUGCACAGACUGGGCCACGUUCUCCUUCUAUGCAGAAGGAAAGAGGGCUGACGGCAGCAGCGCCGGCAUAGCUAAAUUCACCAGUUCCGCUUGGGUGACUACCGUGGAACCAGGAGCCUUGCUAGGCAAUGCCUUCCUCAAGCCGUAUGUUGGAAACAUCCACUACGACAAGGAAGUCGUUCAAAUAGGCCUCCUCGACGACUUCGACAACUCGUUCAAGGCCGAGCAGCGUCACCAGCACGACAAAGCGCACGCACUGUGGAAGAGGUUCACGACGGUCGUCAUGCUGGACGAGCAGAUGCGCGCCGCCGGCGACCCGGAGCUGCAGAGGCUGCUGAAGCGGAUCCGUCUAGGCGUGCAGGAUCGGACGGAUCUAAACCUCCUCAACUCAAGGAAUCGGUGGAACCUGAACAUGGAGGCGAGCCUGGCGUUCCGGGUCCAGCAGCGGUCGACGAUGCGCAUUUUCAUCUCCGAGCACAAGUGGAAGGAGGAGCUGCCGACGGAGGAAGAGGCGAUCAUGAUACUCAACCAGGGCGACGAUAGCGCGAUCCCGGUGCCGGCCGUCUUCAUGUUCGUGGCCGGGAUGCCCAUCGUCGUGAACCACAACACCCACCAGGGGCUGAAGCUAGUGAACGGCGCGAGCUACUCGGCGGUGGAGGUCAUUGUCGACAAGGCGUACCCGGGGCAUCGGAUCUCGGCCGAUAUGACGAUCCACUUCGGCCGCCGGCGGGAUCAUUCUCGAAUCGGAGACGACGAGAUAUCUCCACUUCGUCGGGAUGCCGCCGGGCACGAUCUUGUUGACACCCAUGACCGUUAA